UUCUGCCUCCGAAGUCCGUUGAAAGUAGAAACCGAAGCAACUCGCUGAAGGCCUGAAAAAAAAAAAAAAAAAAAGCCGAAAGGAGGAAACCGAAGAAUCGUUUGCUUGAAAACGCAAGGUGUACGGCCAACGGUGAGGGGCGCGAGUUUUAUAGAAACUUACUGUUUCAGCUUUUUGGGCGCGGUUCUUGUAGUGGUACUUUGAAGUUCCUCUACCUUGUCUCCUAAGCAUGAAUUGAUUCUAUGAUGGUCUUGGGUGAGGGAGGGAGUUUCAGAGACAGGGACGCGACUUGAUAGAGGAGGUUGCGAGUAAAAAUGGCUCAUCUGCAUUCACACGGAGCCGAUCACAAAAAGAAAGAAGUCAUCCGUUUGGAGCGCGAAUCGGUCAUUCCAAUUCUGAAGCCCAGGCUUAUCAUGACGUUGGCCAACCUUAUUGAACAUAGUUCGGACCGGGCUGAGUUUUUGAAGCUCUGCAAGAGAGUAGAGUACACAAUCCGAGCUUGGUACCUUCUACAAUUUGAGGAUUUGAUGCAACUCUACUCCCUCUUUGACCCUGUACAUGGGGCCCAGAAGCUGGAACAACAGAAGUUAGCCCCUGAAGAAGUUGAUGUACUUGAACAGAACUUUUUGACUUACCUAUUUCAGGUAAUGCAAAAGAGCAACUUCAAGAUAGCAACUGAUGAUGAGGUUGAUCUUGCACUUUCAGGGCAGUAUCUUCUAAAUCUUCCCAUUACUGUUGAUGAAUCUAAGCUUGACAAAAGGCUUUUGAAGAAAUAUUUUGAAAGUCAUCACCAUGAUGACCUGCCGGAUUUCUCUGAUAAGUAUGUUAUUUUUCGCCGAGGCAUUGGAAUUGACACAACAACUGAUUACUUUUUUAUGGAGAAAGUAGACAUGAUCAUUGGACGUUUUUGGGCAUAUCUGUUAAGACUGACUAGGUUGGAAAAGUUAUUCUCUCGAAGGUCAAAAAGACAUCAUAAGAAAGGCCCAAAGAAGGAUGAUGAUAUUACAUCUGAAGCAGAGCGAGAUGACCUCUAUGUUGAACGAAUUCGCUUAGAAAAUAUGGAAAUAAGUUUUCGCAAUUUGCUGGGCAAGAACACCAUACAGGAACCCACCUUUGAUAGGAUAAUUGUUGUCUACAGGCGAGCUAGUACCAAAUCUAAAGCAGAACGAGGAAUAUAUGUUAAGCACUUCAAAAAUAUUCCAAUGGCUGAUAUGGAGAUAGUGCUCCCAGAAAAGAAAAACCCUGGAUUGACUCCAAUGGAUUGGGUCAAGUUUCUUGGGUCUGCUAUAGUUGGUCUGGUAGCAGUUAUUAGCUCACUUGAAAUGCCUAAAGCUGACCUGUGGGUCAUCAUGGCUGUUCUUGUCUCAGUCAUUACUUAUUGUGCUAAGACAUACUUCACGUUCCAACAAAACAUGGCUGCAUACCAAAACUUGAUUACACAGUCAAUGUAUGACAAACAACUGGAUAGUGGAAAGGGUACACUUCUCCACUUGUGUGAUGAUGUCAUUCAACAGGAAGUCAAAGAGGUGAUUGUUUCAUUCUUUAUUUUGAUGGAGCAGGGCAAAGCAACUAGACAGGAUCUUGAUCAAUGGUGUGAGGAACUAAUAAAAGAAGAAUUUGGGGAGAGCUGCAAUUUCGAUGUGGAUGAUGCAGUUAAUAAGUUAGAGAAGUUGGGAAUUGUUACUCGGGAUUCUAUUGGCCGGUUCCAAUGCGUGGGGCUGAAACGGGCCAACGAGAUCAUUGGAACGACCACUGAAGAGCUGGUCCUUAAGGCAAAACAGGGAAGCGUUUCUCCUUGAUGGCGUUUUUAUAAGGUUCUUGUUUUAUAUUUAUUUAAAAAAAAUGGUGUGUGCCUAGUACAUGCGUAAAUUUUAAUUGAUGACAUUAUACCUUCCGAUUUGGUCUGAGGUUUAGAUUCACUCGUGUCUCAGGGUUGGAGUUAAUGGAUUGAUGUUUUGCGUAACUUUGUGUUGAAUAUUUUCUAUGGAACUUUAUGUUCCCUUGUAUUUGUUCCUUAAAAUUUAUUAGCCACUUUGAUCUUUAUUCUAAAA